AUGACCGAGCCCGAGCCACCCGCCAUCGCCGCCCUCUCACUCUCCGACACAGCGACACAAUCCGUCUCGAAAGCGACGGAGCAAGAGAUCAACCCCUGGGAUGUACAGGCCGGCGUAGACGAAGAGGGAAAUGUCAAGCAAUUUGACUACGUCGCCAUCUCGCAAAAGUGGGCCACAAAACUUAUAGACCAACCGCUGCUGGAGCGAUUCGAGCGCGUCACAGGCCACAAGCCGCACCGCUGGUUACGGCGUGGCCUUUUCUUCUCCCACCGCGAUCUUGAGCUCAUCCUGGACACAUACGAGCGCGGCGACGACUUUCUACUCUACACCGGCCGCGGACCUAGCAGUGAUGCCAUGCACAUUGGUCACACUAUACCUUUCGAGUUCACAAAGUGGUUGCAGGAUGUCUUCGACGUUCCGCUGGUCAUCAUGUUGACGGAUGACGAAAAGUUCCUGUUCAAGGAGAAGCUCAAGCAGGAGGAAGUUUACGAAUUCUCGCGGCAGAACGCCAAGGAUGUCAUCUCCGUCGGCUUCGAUAUCAAGAAGACCUUUAUGUACAUCGACUCUGAGUUCUUCACAUCCGGCUUCAACCGACACUUCAGUCUCAACACCACUGAGUUCGAGAAGCUGGUUACCAACAACCAAGUGCGCGGCGCGUUUGGUUUCGAUGGCUCAACAAACAUCGGCAGCAAUGCAUUCGCAGCUAAGCAGUGCGUUGCCGCUUUUGCCUCAUCGUACCCCUUUAUCUGGGGUGAAGAUCACACGACCUACAAGCGCUCGAAGAAGCUUGCUUCCAUACCCUGUCUGAUUCCCUGCGCUAUUGAUCAAGAUCCCUACUUCCGUCUAGUUCGUGAGAACUGCCACCGAAUGGAUCUCCCCUCGCCCAAACCAGCCCUCAUACAUUCCAAGUUCCUCACUGCGUUGCAAGGCGCUGGUGGCAAAAUGAGCGCGUCCGAUGCCAACUCUGCCAUCUUUAUGAACGAUACACCAAAGCAAAUCAAGACCAAGAUCAACACCAAGGCCUUCUCUGGUGGCCAAGAAACACUAGAGCUCCAUCGCGAGAAGGGUGGAAACCCCGAUAUCGACGUACCGUACCAGUACAUCGGAUACUUCGAAGAUGAUGACGAGAAGCUCAAGAAGCUAGCUGAGGACUACCGCAAAGGCGAACUAUUGACCGGCGAGAUGAAGAAGGAAUGCGUAGACACCAUGACUGUAUACGUUAAGAAAUUCCAAGAAGCAAGAGCAAAGGUCACCGACGAGAUUCUCGACGAGUUCCUCCGCCCGCGGAAGCUAGAGUGGAAGGGUAAUCCGAACCCCACCAAGCCCAAACUCGAGCAACCGGCACAAGACACCGAGAGCGGGGGUCCUUCAUUGGACGCCGACGGAAAGCCGAUGACCAAAAAUGCCAUGAAGAAGGCGGCUAAGAUGGCUGAGGUCGAGCGCAAGAAGAAGGAGAAAGAAGCCGCUGCUGCCGCGAAGCAGUGA